GGAGCCGCUCCUUCCGGCUUCCUCUUGGCUGCCACGAUCCGACAUCACCUUGAAAAGGGCGACCCAGCGGUGCCGGAGCUGGCAAAAAGCCUCUAUGCCGACGAUCUUCUGCAGAGUUUCGAAGAUGUCGAGCGCGCGCAGCGUUUCACCGAUAAAGUUCGCCAAUCGCUCGCAUCCGCAGGCAUGCACCUCGCGAAGUGGAAAUCCAAUUCCACCGAGCCGAAGAGUCACUUGCUCGGUACCGGCAUUCAGCCCGACGAUUUCGAUUCGUCGAGCGCGGAGUUCCUAAAGGUUCUGGGUAUAUCCUGGUGCCCGUCAGAGGAUGUCUUUUCGUUCAAAACACCCUCGUUGUUUGACGGCCCAGCGCCCGAAAGUCCUCCAUCGAAGCGCCAGGUCCUAAGCAUAGUCGCCUCUAUCUACGACCCCCUUGGCUGGCUCACGCCAGUCACUCUCCGAGGGGAGAAACUAAUACAGCGGCUGUGGACUCGGAAUUCGGGCUGGAAUGAUAAGAUCCCCGGCGCCAUUCAUGUCGACCUCAAGCGAUGGAUGACCGAGGUCGUGGAGCUCAGACGGUUUCGUAUACCGCGACGAUAUUCGUGCCGGAAAGAUGUUCCGGUCGCCCAUCUCCUGCACCUGUUCGGAGAUGCAUCCACCACCGCAUAUGCCGCGGCCGCUUAUGUUGAGUCGAAAUUCGCGGAUGGAUCGUCUGACUUCGCCUUGGCGAUGUCGAGGUCGAGGCUCGCUCUCCGGGAUUCGCCAUCAUUGCCGCGGCUGGAAUUGCUCGCCUCACCAAUUGCUGUUCGUCUCAAAAGGUUCCUGAUGGAGCGUCUAAAUCUCGACUUCGAACGCACCUUGUUAUACACUGACUCCACGAUUGCGUACCACUGGGCUACAUCGUCAAGCCCCGGUAGUUGGAAGCAAUUCGUCAGUAACGGGGGAGAUUCAAUCCGAGUCCCGAAGACUGGUUUCACUUGA